AGGCCCGUAGAUAGAGCUGGCCUGCUGUGCUGUCAAUGCAGUAUUUUUAUGGAGAACAACAGAUUUUAGGUCUACAGUAUAAUUGAGUAGGCCUACAUACCAAUUAUUGAAGCGGUUUCCUUCGUCUCCUUUCUUUUAGCUUUUGUCCUCUAGGGAGAUGGUAAGUAAAGUAAGUAUAGCCAACUGAAAACACAGAUACAGUCAUGUUCUUUCUCAGUUGAGUCAGAAACAUAAUGUCCACUCCACCGGUGUUUCCAGCUAUUUUUAACCUUAUGUUUGGGAAACGCCUACACUCGGAUGCCACAUACCGUAUGUACAUUCUACAUAGUGUACAUGUAGCAGUUCAAUACUCGUGCUGAAUGGGGCCCUGAAGCAUUCCAGUGUAUGUGCUCUAUGAGCAGCAGACUGAGUCAGCUUAUUGAAUCACAUUCCACUCAGUUGAGUCUCUCCUCUAUCACACAGAUUAACUAAGGACAAGCCACACUAAUCUCAUUUAAUUUGGUCAUUUGUGGUGUUUGUGUGCCAUAACUCUAUGCGAGUGGUUGUAUGCCAUGUGUGUGACCCUCACGGGACAGUUAUAAUAAGCCAUUGUGGCAAGCCAGAUGAGCAGUGUGGGGAUGAAGAGAGGAGAGUGGGUUUGACACUGGUCUAUUCAGGAAUGCUCGGUAGCUCGCAGAAUCCCCAUCUCUCGAAAACUCUCUCUCUCUCACACACACACACAGAGCAGUCCAGUCUCUUAUACUUUCACACACACCGAGCAGUCCAGUCACAUCCGCUUGCUCCGGAACAUUCUUUCACGUCAAUACAUCGGUUUCAGAAGAGUCCAAUCUCUCUCAGGAGAAAGAACCCCUGGAGAAAGAGAAGGAGAGAGAAACAGAAGAGGUGAGAGAGUGCUCUAUGUAGCGCCAUGGAGACAGCCUGGACACUGGGUCGAGCGUGAGUCAAAAAGCAAGAUUUUAAAAAGAGGGCGUGUGUGAUUCUUCUCCAUCGACGCUUCGUUUUCUUUUGUGUCUGAUGGGCAGCAGUAGCAGCAGCAGGCUGUUUGGUACCCUGGCCCAGACCCUGAACAGUGCUCCACUGGCCCAGCAGGACUACGACCCAGAGCAACGGGACUCAGACCAGGACCCGGAGGGCCUGGAGCAGGCCGACCCAGACCAGCUGCUCAGGGAGUGCGAGAAGAUCCUCCAGAACCGGCCGGCCCGGCCACACAGGGACCUGGUCUACCCUGCAGACCCAAAACAGCAGCACCAAUACAGGAACAAUGAGCAACAGCAAACACCAUCCAUACGGGUCAUGACAUGGAACAUCCUAGCUCAAGCUCUAGGGGAGGGUAAGGAUGGCUUUGUGCAAUGUCCUCUGGAUGCUCUGAACUGGGCUGAGAGGAAGUACCUGAUCCUGGAAGAGAUCCUCACCUACCGCCCUGACAUCCUGUGUCUCCAGGAAGUGGACCACUACUACGACACCUUCCAGCCCAUCUUGGCCAGCCUGGGCUACCACAGCACAUUCCUGCCCAAGCCAUGGUCCCCCUGCCUGGAAGUGGCCAGCAACAACGGCCCUGACGGCUGCGCGCUCUUCUACCGCCGUGCCCGCUUCGGCCUCCUCCACACCUCCCACCUGCGCCUCUCUGCCAUGAUGCUGCCUACCAAUCAGGUGGCCAUCGUGCAGACACUGCGUUGCCGGGAGACGGGCCAGAGGCUGUGCGUGGCUGUGACCCACCUGAAGGCGAGGAGUGGCUGGGAGAGGUUGAGGGGGGCCCAAGGGGCUGACCUGCUGCAGAGCCUUAAGGCUAUCACCUCGCGGGCGGCUGUGUCAGACCCAGUCAGUAGGGGACCUGGGGGAGGGAGUGGGACCGAGGGGGUACCUCUGAUAGUGUGUGGGGACUUUAACGCUGAGCCCUCGGAGGACGUGUACAGGCGUUUUAUCUCCUCCCCCCUGGGUCUGGACUCCGCCUAUAAGCUGCUGAGUGCAGACGGGCAGACGGAACCGGCCUACACUACCUGGAAGAUCCGUCCCUCAGGAGAGAGCUGCAGUACCCUGGACUACAUCUGGUACUCUCACGGUGCUUUCACUGUGGACACCCUGCUGGACAUACCCACUGAGGAACAGAUAGGACCUGACCGCCUGCCCUCAUACCACUACCCCUCCGACCACCUCUCACUGCUCUGUGAUGUCAGCUUCAGGGAGCCCAGGGAUCAACCUCAUAGGCUGAUGUAGGUUGCCUAUCUGAGGCUUCGGGCAAUAGGGUCCUAGUUCAGGACAGUGCAGGAAGAAUCGACUGGAUAAAACAACGUGUGGGAGUGUGAUACUGGAAAAGUGAAUGCUUAUUUUACUUGAACUGGUGCUGAAAUUUGAUUCUGCAGAAUUGAGAGUAGUUAUUUAUUUUUUAAACCAGUACUUGUUUUCUGUCAAGUGAGAUGUUAUCCCUCAUGAUUGUUUUUCUUCAUAUGAAGUGUAUAACUGGUUUUAAAGGAACUGGAGAAUAGGACCAUAUCAAUACUGUAACUGCUAUUAUUUUCAGUGCUGUGGCAGCAAGAAUGCCAAUGAGCAUGUCAAAAUAAAAUACUUAGACAUUCUGA